AUGCCACGGCACGAAUUUUCAAAAACAAAAACGAGAAUUUCAAUUUUAACAGUUCUAUCCAUUGACAGUUCAAUGAAGAGAUUCAAUAAACUACUUGAUGCCGCAUUGAUAGCAUUGGUGACGUAUCAUCUCGUCAUCUCUCCCUAUACCAAAGUGGAGGAGUCCUUCAACAUUCAAGCCAUACAUGAUAUUCUCAAUUAUGGUGCAUUCUGCACAGAGACGAUUGAAAAGUACGACCACAAGCAAUUCCCUGGAGCAGUGCCGAGGUCGUUCAUAGGCAGCUUGGUGCUUGCUUUAUUAGCAAAGCCAGUCAUUUUUAUAUCCUCUAUUUUCGGUAAGGAUCUAUUGCAAGGGGAGCAAACUCAAUUACAGACCAUAGUUCGUGGUAUCCUUGGUCUUACAAACGCAUUGUCGCUAAUUAGACUUAGAGAUCAGCUAAACAAGGUAACAUUCAGGGACAAAAAGAGUAAUAUCAAAGGAUUUACUGGAUUUUGGUACUCUGUUUUGUUGUUAUCACAAUUUCAUCUAAUCUAUUACUCCUCCCGAACAUUACCAAACUUUAUAGCUUUGCCACUUGUAAAUUUUGGAUUGAGCAAGUUGAUUGUGGGCGACUUGUCGGGGUUGACAUGGUUGGCAAUGACUGGUGUUGUAUUUAGAAUGGAAGUGGGUGUAUUUGCUGUGGUCAUAGCAGUAGUUUCCUCCUUGGUAUAUGGACAAUCGAAUAUUGUUGCAAAUAUUGUGCUUCUAUUUGCCGGGGGUUUAUUCGGUACAUUAACGACAUUAUUUAUUGACUCCUAUUUCUGGGGUAAGCCACUUGUUCCUGAGCUCAGUUCAUUCAUCUUCAACAUUGUCGAUGGUAAUGCAGCUGAAUGGGGUGUUGAACCAUGGGGAGCCUAUUUCAACAAAUAUCUUUUCAAGUUAUUCAGACCACCAGUGGUUCUCAUUUUGUCUGUUAUUGGGUUCUUGAAUGACCCUGCCGAUGAUGGGGUAGCUAUCACGGAUACCAAGGCUGUGCGUCAUCCAGCAAGAAACUCCUUGCGUAUAUUGUACACUUCAUCAAUCAUUUUUAUUGCAAUUAUGUCUUUCCAACCGCAUAAAGAAUGGCGUUUUAUCAUUUACACUAUACCAAUAUUUACCCUACAAGCAGCUAAUGGGUUGAGCAAUAUCUCGAUUAAGUGGAGUCUCAGCUUCUCAAACAAGUUGUUGACCUUGAUUAUCUCUUUCUUGGUUUUGGUUAGUGCGUUGCUUUCGUUACAAAUGGGAUAUAUCUCUAGUUUUAACUAUCCUGGUGGAGAAGCCUUGGAAUUUGCUAACUACUAUGUGUCGGAACACUACAGUGGUAGAAAUGUAACCCUCCAUAUUGAUGUUCCAGCUUGUAUGACCGGGAUCACCCGAUUUGGUGAGCUACAUCGUGAGGGGGUAAAGUACGAUAAAUCAGAGACUGACGUAGAUUAUGACACCUUUGAUUUAGUUAUCACCAGAGAUUUAGUACACGGCUGGAAACUCCUACACAAAGCAAAGAUAUUCAAAAAUUUGGACCUCACAACUAUCUUGAAAUUGAUUGAAACGCAAAAAGCUGAUCGCUCAACGUUAUUUGUACUUUUGAAAAUUAUGGUCGAUGAAUUUUUCAACGGGUCGAACCAAACUUUGAAAAGCUUGUUGCAAUCCACUAUUGCGUUGGAAGACUAUAUAUAUGUUUAUGAACAGCCCAUUAAACUGGAAGAAAGUGUUCAAGAGGGCAUACGUUAA